GAACAACAAUGCAACUUUGAAAGGCGGCGAAUCAGACCUAUAAAUCCUCUCAAAAUCAAAAAACCCAACGGUUCGCAUCAACUAAUUGAGAGCUUAAUCACAAAAAGGAAAAUGGAAGACGAUGCAGAGAUUUACGACGGCAUAAGAGCUCAGUUCCCUCUUACCUUCGGCAAACAAUCAAAAUCUCAAACACCUCUCGAACAAAUCCACAAUUCCACUCGCCGGACAACCGUUGAUCCACUCAACAAGACCACCCCCGCCGCCGCUGAUAAAUCCGAUAAUGCUUUCCCUUCUCUUUCUUCCUCUUCCAAAGCCUGGCUUCACACUGUCCGCACUUCCAAAAAGCCUAACCCUAAAGCAACAGCCGGACCACCUCGCCCACCGCCGGAUAAUCUUGAUGGCGACGACAGUAUUGGACCUCCUCGUCCGCCGCCUGGCUUGGCUGAUGAGGCUGAUGAUGAUGAUAAUGAAGUUAUGGUAGGGCCGCCCCGUCCACCACUGUUUGAUAACGACCACGAUGAUGGUGUGAUGAUUGGGCCACCGCGUCCACCACCAGUUGAUGAUGACGAGGAUGAUGGUGUGAUGAUUGGACCGCCGCGUCCGCCAACGGCACCAGAUUCAGAUUCGGAGGAGGAGGAGGAAGAGGAGAAUCGGUAUCGGAUUCCUAUGAGUAAUGAGAUUGUGCUUAAGGGCCAUUCUAAGGUUGUCUCAGCUCUUGCUGUUGAUCACUCUGGGUCCAGAGUUCUUUCAGGCAGUUAUGACUAUACAGUACGCAUGUAUGAUUUUCAAGGGAUGAAUUCACGGUUGCAAUCAUUCAGGGAACUUGAACCGUUUGAAGGUCAUCAAGUUCGUAAUUUGAGUUGGAGCCCAACUGCAGACCGUUUUUUGUGUGUGACUGGUUCUGCCCAAGCUAAGAUAUAUGACCGUGAUGGACUCACUCUGGGUGAAUUUGUAAAAGGAGAUAUGUAUAUUCGUGAUUUAAAGAAUACCAAAGGCCACAUAUCUGGAUUGACUUGUGGAGAGUGGCAUCCUAAAACUAAGGAAACCAUAUUAACAUCAUCAGAGGACGGAUCACUGCGUAUAUGGGAUGUAAAUGAUUUCAAAAGUCAAAAGCAGGUUAUCAAACCAAAGCUUUCUAGGCCUGGAAGAAUUCCUGUUACAACAUGUGCUUGGGAUCGUGAAGGAAAAUGCAUUGCUGGUGGCAUUGGAGAUGGUUCUAUACAGAUAUGGAACCUCAAGCCUGGAUGGGGAAGCAGGCCAGAUGUGCAUGUUGAGAAAGCUCAUUCUGAUGAUAUCACAAGUCUUAAAUUUUCUAGUGAUGGACGAAUUCUACUUUCAAGAAGCUUUGAUGACUCACUGAAGGUUUGGGAUUUGCGACAAAUGAAAGAUCCUCUCCAGGUUUUUGAGGAUCUUCCGAAUCACUAUGCUCAAACAAAUGUGGCAUUUAGUCCUGAUGAGCAGCUCUUCUUGACUGGAACAUCUGUUGAAAGGGAAAGCACAACUGGAGGUUUGUUGUGCUUUUAUGAUAGGGCGAAACUUGAACUUGUUUCUAGGGUUGGUAUUUCUCCCACCUGCAGUGUUGUGCAAUGUGCUUGGCACUCCAAACUAAAUCAGAUCUUUGCAACAGCUGGGGAUAAAAGCCAAGGUGGAACUCGCAUAUUGUAUGAUCCAACACUUAGUGAGAGGGGAGCUCUUGUCUGUGUUGCACGUGCGCCUCGGAAAAAAUCUGUGGAUGAUUUUGAGGCACAACCUGUUAUUCACAACCCUCAUGCACUACCCUUAUUUAGAGAUCAGCCCAGCCGCAAGCGUCAGCGAGAAAAGAUAUUAAAGGAUCCUAUUAAGUCCCACAAGCCUGAACUUCCAAUAACAGGACCAGGUUAUGGUGGAAGAGUUGGAGCAAGUAAAGGAAGCUUGUUAACCCAAUAUCUGCUUAAGCAAGGGGGAAUGAUCAAGGAGACAUGGAUGGAGGAAGACCCGAGAGAAGCUAUAUUGAAGUAUGCUGACGUUGCAGCAAAAGAUCCCAAGUUCAUUGCUCCAGCAUAUGCACAAACCCAGCCUGAACCAGUUUUUGCAAAAUCAGAUUCUGAGGAUGAAGGGAAAUAAUCUGAUUACCAUAUUGUGUUUCAUUCGCUACUCAGCUACUCAGUAAUCAAUCUCAUGGCCUUCUUUUUGAUGGUGAGCUGAUGUCUUCUAUGAGCUCAGAUCUUUAGCACCAGUUGAAGGCACUGAAGAAAUAUGCUAAAGGUAUCAUCAUAGCUUAUAAUUGGCGACAGUUAAAACCAAAAAAUUUCUUGGUUUUCUUCAGAGCUUCGGCCUCAGCAACCUGAAAGUGGCAUAACAUGGCCAAAAUUUACACGAGUGCUGGGUACCUAUUUUAAUAUCAUCAUGAUUUGAUGUAUUUUAGUCCGCUUUUUUUUUUUUUUUUUAUGAGUUGAUGUAAAUUGCUACCAACUGCACCGGCACUUGAAAUAGGCUGUACUCUAAUCAUAUACUCAGAGUCGUAGUUCCAUAGAAUUAAUCAAGGUUUUUGUGCUCCAACCUUGGAUGUUCUUGAGCCUGAUGUGUUUUUCUAUCCUUUCACCUCAAUGCUUGUGUAAUUUGCCAUAUGACAUAAUUAUACUGAUCAUUCUGAUAAAAUGCUGCUUGUAAUGAAUAACA